GUCCAUAUGGGAUCCCAGGCGUGUUAAAGGCAAGGGCUUUAGCUGCUAGGCCACUCUGCCGGGUCCUAGAAACCCAUUUUAAUAAGUUGGGAGACCUGAAGAAGGCAUUCCAGUAGGAAUUAAGUGUUCAGGACCAAGAAUCACUGGGAUUAUUUAUAUGUAGAAUGUUGAAGACCUAGAGUUUGCAGUGGAGUGGGAGGAGGAAGAUUGGGCAACGAUGGAAGGGAUUACCCAAGAAGAACAGGUUUGGUGGGGCAGACAGUCAUCUGGAUUUUGGACUUGAUUGAGUUUGAGAUGCUGCUUAUGUGCCUAUAUGUGGGGAUGCCCAUCUAGCAGUUAGAAGGUUUGGCAUUCAGAAGUCAGGACUACAGAGGAAAAUUGUAGUAUUGUGAAUUGCAGUGUUGUCUGCAUUUGCGGUGUUACGCAUUCAUUAUGCAAAUAUAUACAGCCUGUGAGGAAGUUGGGGGAGCUCUUUUGUAAGUCCAGCCUUGAAACUGGGAAGUGACUGGUGACUGUACAGCUUUUCUUUCAGGGGUGAUGAGAAUGUGAGAUGGAUUGUGGUUACAGUUGCAUUGAAUCUAACAGUCAGUUAAAGUGUUCUCCUUAGAUUGGUGACUUUUAGCUCAGUGAAACUUACUUUAAAAUUGACAUGCAAUGGAGUUUUUGCAGUCUGUUAAAUGGAUAUUGGAAUUGGGAGUAGAAAAAAAAUGUGGUUGUGAAUUUACUUUUACACUGCUGGCUGGUGUGUGCAUAGCAAACACUAGGUUCCAGGUGCAAUGCACGUGGCGUACUGGACAGGCACUGAGAGCUGUGCGGGCGAGCUCUGCAUCCCCGGCCUGCUGCAGCAUGUGGCGCUGUCUUCUGUUCACAGAGCUCAAUUGAUUACCUGCCAAGAACAGCAUAGCAUUCCCUAAAGGAAUAUGAGCAAAACAGGGCAGCAUCAUUGACUGAAUUAAAUUUGAACUUGUCCCCUGAACAGCUACAACAUUUGGAAAUUGAAUCAAUGUUAUCAGAUGAGUUAGAAUCCAAACCAGAGCUCCUGGUCCAGUUUGUUCAGAACACGUCCAUCCCACUGGGACAGGGGCUAGUAGAAUCUGAAGCUAAAGACAUUACUUGUUUGUCCCUCCUUCCGGUGACUGAGGCCCCAGAAUGCGGUCGGCUAAUGUUACCAGAUGAUACCCCAAAUCACACCAGUUCCUCCAAAGAAGUCCCUUCCUCAGCUGUGCUAAGAAGCCUUCAGGUCAAUGUGGGCCCCGACGGAGAGGAGACGAGGGCUCAGGCUGUGCAGAAAUCCCCGGAGUUCCUGACCACUGCAGAGUCUCCCAGCCUGUUACAAGACCUACAGCCAAGCGACAGCACUUCUUUUAUUCUCCUUAACCUAACAAGAGCAGGCCUGGGCUCUUCUGCUGAGCACUUAGUGUUCGUACAGGACGAAGCAGAGGACUCGGGGAACGACUUCCUCUCCAGUGAAAGCUCUGACAGUAGCAUUCCUUGGUUCCUCCGGGUGCAGGAGUUGGCCCAUGAUAGUCUGAUCGCUGCCACCCGUGCACAACUUGCAAAGAAUGCAAAAUCCAGCAGCAAUGGAGAAAAUGUCCACCUUGGUUCUGGUGAUGGGCAACCCAAAGACUCUGGACCUCUCCCUCCAGCGGAGAAGAAGCUGAAAUGUACAGUUGCAGGCUGCGAUCGGACAUUCGUGUGGCCAGCUCACUACAAGUACCACCUCAAAACUCACCGAAAUGACCGCUCCUUCAUCUGCCCUGCAGAAGGUUGUGGGAAAAGCUUCUAUGUGCUGCAGAGGCUGAAGGUACACAUGAGGACCCACAACGGGGAGAAGCCCUUCAUGUGCCCCGAGCCGAGCUGUGGGAAGCAAUUCACCACAGCCGGUAACCUGAAGAACCACCUGCGUAUCCACACAGGGGAGAAGCCUUUCCUUUGUGAAGCCCAAGGAUGCGGCCGUUCCUUUGCUGAGUAUUCUAGCCUCCGAAAACACCUGGUGGUUCACUCAGGAGAGAAGCCUCAUCAGUGCCAGGUCUGUGGGAAGACCUUCUCUCAGAGUGGGAGCCGGAAUGUGCACAUGAGAAGGCAUCACCUGCAGCUGGGAGCGGCCGGGAGUCAAGAGCAGGAGCUGGCUGCUGAGCCACUCAUGGGCAGUAGUUUGCUUGAAGAGGCUUCAGUCCCCAGUAAAAACCUGGUGUCUAUGAAUUCCCAGCCCAGCCUUGGUGGAGAGUCCUUGAACCUACCAAAUACCAAUUCUAUCCUGGGAGUUGAUGAUGAGGUGCUUGCUGAAGGAUCUCCACGUCCCCUGUCUUCAGUGCCUGAUGUGACACAUCACUUGGUAACCAUGCAGCCUGGGAGGCAGUCGUAUGAGGUUUCUGUCUUGACUGCAGUAAACCCACAGGAGUUACUAAGCCAAGGCGACUUAACUGACAGACAGACAUGAACAUGGGUGCCGACUCCUGGCGGACAGCUCU